AGUUAUUUUUUUCAGUUAUUAUUGUUGUUGUUGUUGUUAUGAAUUUAAGUUUUGUAACAGCUGUAUAAUUCAGCCUCCUUUCUUCCAGCUGACUCAGCAAACAGCUGGCCGGGUGACGAGCAGCUGUUGCCUAGCAACAACAACACAAACAGGCAGCAGGUUCAGGCCCGACACACACACACACACACACACACACACACACACACACACACACACACUCCGAGCAGCGCGGCCGUGUCCAACAUGUCCACCAUCGAGCUGCUGCGGGCCUUCGUCAACCAGCGGCUGACCCUGGCCGUGGAGGAGAUCAUCGGCAUGUUCGAGCGGACUCUGACCGACUACGAGGAGGAGAUCGACCGGCAGCGCAAACUGCUGGGCGCCGCGGCGAAGCCCGAGAUCCGCCCGCUGGAGACGGAGGCCUAUCAGCCUUUACCUCCGGACGUCCAUGAGCUGAUCUUCAUCGGCGAGGAAGAGGCCGCCAGCGAGCAGCAGCAGCAGCAGCAGCCGGAGCAGCAGCAGCAGCCGGAGCCCCUGCGCAUCAAACAGGAAGCGGAGGAACUCUUCACCGAGGACGACGCAGAGCAGCUUCCGGGGCUGGAGGAGGCCGAGGUCAACAAGUUCACGUUCGGCCCCGUCAGAGUGAAGAGAGAGGAAGAGGAAGAGGAAGAGGAAGAGGAAGCUCAGCCCUCACCGCUUCAUCACAGCCAAGCCGAGAGCAGAGAGAGCAGCAGCUCCACCGAACAGAUCAAGACAGAGCCCGACAUGAACCACUGUGGAUUACCAGAACCCCUCGACUUGGAUCUGACCAGUUUUAUCAAAGCGAGUAACGACGGCCAGUUCAUCUUCUCGCACUGUUUCAACAGCGAGGACCUGGACGAGCCGCCGGGCGAGACCACAGACCCCCAGGCCGGGUCAGACUCAGCGAAAAGCAGCAAGAGCCGCGCACACAGGAGAGGCCGUCGCGGGGAGAAACGUGCACGCUGCUCCAUUUGUGGCAAAACCUUCCGCCACAACGGAAUCCUGCAGAAACACAUGACCAGCCACACGGGCGAGAAGCCGUUUCCCUGCACCGUGUGCGGCAAAAGGUUCAGGCAGAAAGGAAGCCUGCAGACCCACAUGAGGCAGCACACCGGGGAGAGGCCCUUCGGCUGCUUCAUCUGCGGCAAGAGGUUCAGCCAGAGCGGCACGUUGGCGUCCCACAUGAGGAUCCACACGGGGGAGAAACCCUUCAGCUGCUCCGUGUGCAACAACAGCUACAGCGAGAGGGGGGCGCUGGUCAGGCACACGAGGGUCCACACCGGGGAGAAGCCCUUCACCUGCACGGCCUGCGGCAAAAAAUUCAGUGAAAAGGGAAAUCUGAAUAAACACAUGAGGAUCCACACGGGAGAGAAACCGUUCAGCUGCAGCGUGUGUGGGAGGAAGUUCAGCCUGCUGUCGCACGUCAAAAGCCACAAGUGUGCCGGUCCGAGCAGCAGCAAGUGAACUGCAGAGACGCUGGGAGGCCCGGGCCCCUCCCCCCGGCAGGGCGCUCACAACCCCCCUCUCACUUUGACCAAUACCAAACAACCGGCCGGUGGGACUGAGCACGCCGCGCCGUGUCGCCUUUAAAGUCCUGCGUCUGCACACGUCUGGGACUGACAUCAGCCGCCAAGCCGCCGCUCGUCAGGAAACGUGUUUCCACGCUGAUCCCAGCAGGCGCUCUCCCUAAAGCCCCGGAGCACGGCUGUGAGGAAGCCGCUUUGCUGGAGUUCAGAUUCAGAUUCACUUUAUUGUCAUUCUUAUGCAGGUACAGGGGUUAUAAUCCAGUACUGGUUUAUAAUCCAGCGAGGUGGGCUGCGACAGGGCCGCUGCGUCGAGGUUCGUGAGGCGGCCAUGUUGGACGCUGUCACUGUUUUUAAAUUUGCUUUGUAAUUUUUCUGUCUGUGUUCAGAAAUAAAGAUGAAAUGCCUGAAACUA